AAAAUUUCAAAAUGGCAGCUCCCAUGAAUUAAGUACACUGCACAGCUCAGUACAUGAUGAUGAACACAGUCCCCUGGUACAGACUUGAUGUCACAGCAUAUUACAAACUGAAAUUUAACAUGGUAUUGGAAGCUAUACGUUGAACACAUCUGUUCAGCAUAAAUUUUGAGAGGAAAUGGAUUAUUACAAUCAUCUUUCAUGACAACUACAAUAUUCGAAUGUCUCUGUCACUCACUGGGUGCUAUGAGUUGGAUCAUCAUUCAGUUACCCGGGAUGUUCUGUUUCUUUUUACGGACUCGAAGACUCGUUCGCUUUUUUUUCUUAGUCAUUUGCUUAUUGCUGUAUUGUGAAUUUUUUCAUUACUACAUAGUAUUGUUAUUCUGUAAGUGGCCAAUAUUAAGCAUGGAUGCUGCUCAAUUACCAUCCAAAUCCAAACCUCUCAAAGUGAUGAUUCUGGCAGAUACUCACAUACUGGGAUGGCGGGAGGGACACUGGUUUGAUAAACUUAGAAGAGAAUGGCAAAUGGAAAGAUCAUUUCAAAGCAGUAUGACUGUUCACAGUCCAGAUGUGGUGUUCAUUUUAGGUGAUCUCUUGGAUGAAGGCAAGUGGUGUUCUAAAGCCGAGUUUAAUUAUCAUGUUAACCGCUUCAAGAGGAUGUUUGCCACGCCCACUGGUGUUGAAACUUACGUAGUGACUGGGAACCACGAUGUUGGAUUCCAUUAUAUGAUGUCGGAGCAGAAUCACAGGAGGUUUGAGGAAGCUUUCUCUGCACCAUCUGUUCAGAUGCUAGAAAUUCAGGGCAAGGCCUUCAUCCUCAUGAACAGCAUGGCUAUGGAAGGUGAUGGUUGUAGCCUUUGUUUAGAGGCUGUAGCAGCGAUGGAGAAAAUCUCACUCCAGCUCAAGUGUUCUCAGGGAGGGUUAAAUAAAAAGAAAAUGUCUUCUGCAUGCAAGAAAAUGAAGAAGGUGACUACUCAACCCAUUCUCAUGCAGCAUUUUCCCAUGUUUCGUCCAUCUGAUCACAAUUGUUCUACUCCUGAUGCUGCCCCACCUGAAGAAAUAGACAUCCCAUUUCGUCCAAAGUUCGACUGUUUAUCAAAGAAAGCAUCAGAGCAGGUUUUUAAUUGGGUGAAUCCAAGACUUAUUGUAAGUGCCCACACCCACCAUGGCUGCUAUCGUAUCCAUGACAACGGUGUACCAGAGUGGACAGUCGCCUCAUUUAGUUGGAGAAACAAAAGAGGGCCAAGUUUUUUAUUGGCUGUAAUAUCAGAUACUGACUUCAACAUAAAUCAGUGCUUUCUUCCCAACGAAAACACCGUCUUCUCCAUUUACAUCACCGGCGUAAUUCUAAUUCUGUUAUUCUUACUGUUACCAAGGAAACACCAUCAUGUGACUAGCUGUGUUGAUUUAUCUGAUAAAUCAAGCUAAUCAGAAAUUGCAGUGUGUGUUGACUGUGCAGUGUGUGUUGACUGUGCAGUGUGUGUUGACUGUGCAGUGUGCGUUGACUGUGCAAUGUGUGUUGACUGUUCAAUGUGCGUUGACUGUGCAGUGUGUGUUGACUGUGCAGUGUGUGUUGACUGUGAAAUGUGUGUUGACUGUGCAGUGUGUGUUGACUGUGCAAUGUGCUUCCUGUGUCUUUCCAACCCACCACAAAGUGUUGGUUUACUUGUAUUUAUACGCAGAAUGUAACACAUGUAUAAAAGAAGUUAUCACUCAGUAACAAUGCCCUAUAUACAUGUACAUAAAAUGCUGCAGUAGAAAAAUAAUGCUGACUCUACAGCUGUGGUCCAUCUUUAUUGUUGAUUAAUUGUAUAUCUGUUGAUUAAUUGUAAAUCUGUUGAUUAAUUGUAUAUCUGUUGAUUAAUUGUAAAUCUGUUGAUUAAUUUUAUAUCUGUUGAUUAAUUGUAUAUCUGUUGAUUAAUUGUAAAUCUGUUGAUUAAUUUUAUAUCUGUUGAUUAACACAAUAACUUUACAAACGACUAAGCAUAUGCAGGUAGUUUUACAAAUUCUGUUAGUAUUAGUGAAACACAUUUUUCCUACAUGUAAGUUUGGCCAUGUUCAGUUGUUGCUGCAGUCAUUUGGCAAAUUUUCCAUUGAUGAAUGACUGAAAUCAGUCAUAUAUAUUUUACCUUGACCUUUCAGUUCAGCAUGAAUUCUCUAUUGUGUAUACCGGUAGUUUAAAAAGGUGCACGCAUUGGCAAGAUUGUGAAUCACUGUUUUUGUUGCCUAUUACUUGUGUAUCAUUCUGAUCAAGAAUUAGAGGUAGUUAUAAAAUUUUCAAAUAACAUCUCUUAUUGUAAAAAGAAUGUAAAUAAGAAAAAUUAUUACAAAUGAUGUAGCUAUCUAGAUACAUUAUGUUUACACGUGUAGCAAAUGAAGCGCAGAGUAGGAACAGGAAAUGAUCUCAGACUGUCGUGCAAAAAGAGUAAACAUGAUUGUUACUGAUUUAGAUAAAGUAAUGGAUUUUUAUUUUUUACUUUGAGUUUAUUAGUUGUUUAAAAGUGUAUGUAUUGAAUGUCUACUAUGUCUUUCCAGUGAUUGUCUGAAAAAUGAUAAUCAAGAAUCGCCAUUCCCUUUUUUAACAGUAGAUGAAUUUGAUAAUUUUCUUGUAUACUAGUAAUUAAUGGUUAUGGGAAAUGUAUUUAGAAAGGUGACCAGUCUUACAAAAUUUAAUCUUCUAUUGAUAUGCUAUUUCAGUACAGCGUAGCUAGUAUGCAGAUAUGUGUUACUCCUAACUUUACACCUACUUACUCAUACUCGAGGUUUGGUGCCAUUAUCAUGGCAAAGGAACUAAAUACUAUUUAUUUAGACAUAUACUUUCAAGUUCAAAGGACAAGUUUUAUCUGAAAGCCAAAUUUGGCUUAUGAGACACAAUGUCUUAUGUGUAAUUUUAUGCUUAAAAUUUUUAUUCAUUUCUUUCUUGUUACAUACAGUGUCAGGUAACAUUAUCAUUAAUUUAUUUUGCAGAGUAAUGUUAUUAUCAGGCAUUACGCACAACUGUUCAGUUUUGAGAUUUUCAAAUGUCAGUGCAGAAUCCCGAGUUAAGGUUAUAAGGAAGUAGGAGUCGGUUUCAUGAUAUUGUCACUUCAAAUGUAUGUUUCUUAAAUUUCUGUAAAUUGAGCAGUAGUAUGGUUUAAAAAAAAAAUAGUGUGUGAAAAAAGAAAUCAAAAUAUUAUUACAUUGUAUCAUCAUUAUUGUUCUUUUUUGUUUGUUUUUUAAUCAAUUUUAUAAUAUGCAAUAUAUAUAUAUAUAUAUAUAUAUAAUUCUAUUUCAUACUGAUUAAAUCCAAAGUUAAUUGUU